AUAAAACACACGCGCUCUGAGGCAGCCGCCCGCAGCAGCAGCCGCCGCCGCGCCGCCGCCGCCGCCUGCAAAAGCGUCUCUGACAUGGAAAUGAAUGACAGCUUACCUGAUGCCAAUCUUCAUCAGACUGACACCGGCGUGACAACACAGCCUAUACUUCCCAGCACUGCUCGGGACGUCAGCGGCACAGGGACCCGCCCCCCGGACCCCCCCUUCACACACCUCCCCUCUCCCCACUCCCCCUUUUCUCCCCACCCCCCAUCACCCCCACCCACUCCCGGCCCGGCCGCUGCCAAGUCGGAGGAGCCGCUGGAGUGUCUCCCUCUACUGGAGGCUCUCGGGCGGCGGGCGCGGGCCUGCUCCUGCGGCGGGGAGGCGAGCGGCCUGGAGAAGCGGCUCCGCUCGCGAGGAGCCUCGGAUGGGGAGUGCGGUGGACCCCCAGGAACUCUGGAGCACCCUCCCGCCCCCAAGCCAAGUCCUCCUUAGCGAACAACCGGGGCCGAGUUCCAAGAUAUCACCGGUGCUGAGGGGACCGAGAUGAGGAUCCUUGGAUCCCCCAAAAGAGAACACCAGCUCUGGAAUCACCAGGCCCUGGCUCAGCUCUCCACCCUGUAAUGAAAUGGCCAGCUAUCUGGGACAUUACUG